AUGAAGCUGCUGCAUCUGCUGGCCCCCAUCCUGGCGGCCCGCCUCGUAGAGGCCAAGGCUGUUUUUGCCCACUACAUGGUGGGCAACUGUGACCCUGCAACCUUUAGCGUGGCCGACUGGAAGACCGACAUCGGCCUCGCCCAGGCCGCCCACAUCGAUGCCUUUGCCCUCAAUAUUGCCGCCAACUCGCCCUUCAACGACCAGUCCAUCGCCAAUGCCUUUGACGCGGCCGGUGCCCUCGGCUUCCACCUGUUCUUCUCCUUUGACUACGCGGGUGGCGGAGCCUGGCCCGCGAGCAGCGUAAAGUCCCUUCUCAACCAAUACAAGGGCCAUGGCGCCUACUACCUCUACAACGGCAAGCCCUUCGCUUCCACGUUUGAGGGUUGGCAGAACUCGGCAGACUGGGUCGACAUCAGGGCGAGCACCAACGCAUUUUUCAUGCCCGACUGGUCCUCCAAGAGUGCCAAGGAAGCGCUUGAGUUAACCCCAGGCGUGACCGACGGGCUCUUUAGCUGGGCGGCGUGGCCCUAUGGCGCCGACGACAUGUACACGGUGGUGGACAAUUCCUACACGACCUUUCUGAAGGGCGCGCCGUACAUGAUGCCUCAGGUCCUCACCAUCCAGCCCGAGUUUGUCGAGAUUAUCUCGUGGAACGACUUUGGCGAGUCCCACUACAUCGGCCCGCUGUGGGAGUCGCAAUACACCACCAACUUCGGCGCGGGAAACCCUCCUUACAACUACGCCAAGGACCAUCCGCACGAUAGCUGGCGCCAGCUGCUUCCGUUCUACAUUGACAUGUACAAGAACAACAACAGUGCCGUCGGCCAGGAGGCGGUAGUUGGCUGGUACCGCCCCAUUGUCGGUAGUGCCUGCACCACUGGAGGGACUACGGCCAACACCAUGAGCCAAGUGCAGUGCGAACAGGCCCCGGACACCGUCGUGCAAGACCGUGUUUUUGUCGAUGCGCUGCUCGCAGGCGAAAAGCCAGGAACCGUGACCAUCGGCGGUGUCUCCCAGGGCAUCACGUGGGAGAACAAGCCGGUUGGCGGGAUCGGCAUCUACCACGGCAGUGUCCCCUUCAACGGCAACACGGGCCCGGUCACCGUGUCGGUCUCGGGGGUGGGCUCUUUCGACGGCCCGGCCAUUACGACCAGCUGCACCAACAAUAUCCAGAACUACAACGCGUGGACUGGCUAUGCCAAGGGCGCCGGCUCUGGUGCUACCCCAUCCACACGGGUCGAGGACAUGGUCUGCGUCCAGGGACGCGGCAUUGGCAACUACAAGGGGCUUUGCGAGUUCACCUGUUCUUAUGGAUACUGCCCCCCCGUCUGCACAUGCAGCCAGCUGGGAAUCGCCCGUCCGCUCCCCGAUCCUGUCAAUGUCGACAGCUAUCCGGUCGGCGGGCUGGAUGUCACGUACGGCGGCCUCUGCAGCUUUGCUUGCAACCGGGGAUACUGUCCUGCGGGCACGUGCACGCUCACCCAGGAGCCCCUCGGGCCGAUUCCAGACGUGCCGCCCUUCCCACUGUGCUAUCCACCGGAUGACGCCCCAAAGCCCGAUCAGGUGUGUAUUGGCGGCAGCGGAGAGGGCGGCUACGCGGGACUCUGCGACUUCUCGUGCAACCACGGGUUCUGCCCCAGCCCGUGCAAGUGCCUGGCCUACGGCGAUCCGAUCCCUCCUCCAGCGAACACCGGCAACACGGGCUGUGGCUCGACUACAGACUUGUCCAAUCUCUGUGCCUUUACCUGCCUGCACGGCUACUGCCCCUCGGGCGUAUGCUUCUCUGCUCCAGGCGACUUUGUAUGCCCCAGCACCGGUGGCCAAUUCUUCCAAGUAGGAGGUGACAAGCAGCCGAAUGCGAGCUGCAACGACAUCAAAGGGCAAAUUGCGCAAGCCGCAUACUACAAUGCUGUGGACGCUGGAAACCAAUACUCGAAAUGGUGGGGUUUGACGCCCGAUGCAUCAAUGGAGGCGUUUGCCACUCCGUACGGCAAUGGCCAGUCCAUGAUCUGCACGAUCGCGGACCCCUGUAGCCGACCCAACUGCAACAGCCUCGACAACCCAGCCGAGCCCGGCACAGCCUGGCCUUACUUAGUCGAGCUGUCGGCGGCCAACUUCAACGCUUUCAUGACGGCACACUUCAAUGCUUUGACCGACGCUCGCGCGUCUUAUGCGACCCUACAACAGGCGAUAAACAGCAAUUUCUGGUCGCAGCGCCCCGAUGAAAAUGUCCUGACCAAGGAAAUCCUCAACGCGAUGACCACGGCCCUGUUUCUGGGAAUGUCCUGGGGCAAAGAACUGGGUGGCGCCUUCGCCUCGCUAAUGAGCGGUGCGUCGUCGGCCUUCAUGUUACAGAUGAAAGCAAGUCAGGACCAGCUGGCGCAGCUGGCGAAGGAAGAGGUUAUCGCCAAGACUAUGGUGGACGGCUUCAAGAACCAGAUCGAAGAUAUAUUCAACGGAAUUAUCAACAAGGGCAUCUACAUCUACACGGACGUAACCGGAUCCCAAUGGUUUAUUUCAUCAUACUGGAUGUUCGAAAACGGGCAAUGGGUAGACCAGCGAAACAUUCCGCUGCUCAGCGGCGAGGUAUCCAACUUGGACCUGGCAAACUACUAUUAUUCAAUAACCGCCGCGGCGGUGAUGAACUACGCCUGGAAACAGCAGAACACCUACAUCAUGUGUCACCCAAUGACCGAGGACGAGUUCAACAACCUCAAGGUUCUCGGCAUUAAGACUGUUCAGCCAGUCAACCCACAUGGCUGGGGUAGCCUCCAAUCCUCCGACUUCCCCUGGAGCGUCUGGGAUGUCAUCAAAGGCAGCGUGGACGCCUUCAAUGCGGGCGGUUUCUUAUACGAUCCCGGUAACGUGGAGGUGGCGGGCGUCGGCUCCGGCUCCACCCAGCCGCGAUACGACCUGCCGACAGUCUUCAACAUCCCAAUCUGCAUGAUCGCCCCCAAAUUUGGCACUUACACCGCGAAAGAAUUCGUUAAGCUUCUGCUACUGCUUGGACGCGAAAGAUAAGAACGAAAAAAAAAUUAGUGAUUCAAUCCCUAUUUUCCAGUAUAGCAAGAGUUGUUGAGUAGUAUAGUAGAUACCAGCUAGGCUACAUUAUAUAGUAAUUUCUGGACCGAGUAUAUAGCUGGCCAGCUAAAUAUGGUCUGCUUUAUGUUGAGUACGGCGUAAUUUAGAAGGCGCGCUGCCUAAAGUUAACCUUGGUGAGGC